AUGCCCCCUCGUGGUUAUUCCUCUCGUGGAAGAGGUAACAACAAGCCUAAUCGUGGUGGUGGUCGUCACUUCUCCUCAGCCGUCACUGGGCGUCUCGACCAAAUUCGGAAUCGAGAAUCAUCCGAAGAAGACGAUAACGAAGAAUCUUCUUCCUCCGAUGAAGGCCCCACCGUUCCCGCACCCAACCCCGUCGCAGUCCUCACUCCCGAGAUGGCUGCGCUGAAUCUCAAAUUGGGCAACACCGUGGAAGUGGUAACAGAAGAGCCUGACAUUAGCAGAGCCGAGAGAAGGGCUAAGAAGAAGGCCCAGGCUGAAGCGGCAGCUAAGAAAGGCCAAGUAACGGACGGUACUGGGAAAAAGAAGGUCGCUGUUCAGGAAAGUGAGAGUGAAAGCGUGGAAGAUGAGGAUAAAACCGUGGCUUCGAAGGCUGGAAAGGGGAAAGCUAGCACUCAACCUGUCCGGGCCCCCGAGAUGUCAAGGAAGGAAAGGGAGGCGCAAAGUAAGAAAGAAGCCCAAGAGAGGUAUCAGAAACUACAUGCCCAGGGGAAAACUCAAGAAGCCAAGUCUGAUCUCGCACGUUUGCAGGAGAUCCGAAAACGUCGUGAGGCCGCUGCGGCACAACGGGAGGCUGAGGCCGCCGGUGAGUCAUUUCGUCUCUCUUGA